CUCCUCGCCGCCAGCAUUUUGCCAUCCCCUCAUCGAUACGUCCGAUAUGGAAAGAGACAAUACGCACUCCGCUCCUUCAAAAAUCCCAGCAUACCGGAUGCGGAUCUCUCCCUCGACUCACGUCUCCAUCACUCUCACCUCCUUUACCCCGUUCUCUCCUGCGCCGGUCGACGACAUUCUCCUCUCAAAAGCAGUCAACAUGGCCAGUCUUGCCCGCACCAGCUCUCAUGGGGCUCAAACUCCCAAUAUCGACGACCAUCGCGCGUCGACGAACACAUUUGGCUAUGUAGAAGGCGAAAAUGAUGCUCAGCGUGAUAGACGUGUGGUUGACCAGCUUAGAUUGGACAUCUCGACGCUCCAAACCAAUUCAGCUCGGGAGCUCCAGGCAGUCAAAACGGAUAUGACCGUCAGGUUUGCUGAGGUCAACGGGACUUUGGUACAACAUAGUAAAGACCUCUCCACCGUCAAGACGACAGUCGAGAGUCUUCAAACUUCAGUCGAGAGUCUUCAAACUUCGGUAGAAGGCUUGAAGAAGCAAGGUGACAAGCAUGAGGCUUUGAUACAUUCGCUUCACACGAUGAUGGAGAGGCAGGAAGAGAUGAUGAAGAGGCAGCAGGAAUCUUUGGACAGCCAUAGUCGUAUCCUCAAGCUUUUGGCUUCUCGUGCUGACGUAGAUAUUUUGGAGGACCUCCCGGCAUUACAGGCUACUGGGAGCGCUGUUGCUCUUCCAGAGGUCGUCGUCACCCACACUCCCACUUCAUCGGUGUCUAGCACGGAGCCGCAAUUCCGUGCGAGUACCCCGCCUUCACCACCCAGUCGAGCUGGCCCCUCCACUCUCCCUGUCCCAUUCUCCCAAACCGCCCCGUCUUAUCGCCUCUCCGAGGAAAACGUGCUCUUGUCUCUCCCUAAUGUCCUUCGCCUUCGGACACAAUCAGAGCCCGACGUGCGCGAGGCCCUCGGAGCGCGCGAAGGACGUGAGACCUUCCGUCCCCUCGAGGCCGACCGUCGGCCAGAAGUGAAGAAGGGGUUCCGAGAUGUGGCUAAACUUUUCAGGAAGACUUUUUCUAACAAGUCAGGCUGAUAUUGAACGCUGAAAGUAACGCGGAUUCUCAUACACUCAUUCCCUUUCCUCUGUUCCGAAUACCCUACCCUGUGCCGUUUCCAUCGUGCCUACGGUAGCUGGUAAUGGCCAAUCGCCAUCUGUAUAAUGAUGUUCUCAAAUGUGGUCCUUCUGCAGUUCCUUUCGCAUGCUUUCAUUAAUCUAUUUCCUUCCCCUCGACUGCCAUGCUCCGGGUCGCUUGCCUUGAGGAUGCGGAUGCAGUCUCACCAGACACGACUUUCGCGUUCGUUAGAUGUCAUAGUUGCUUUGAUAGUCUACGACACCGUAAACAUUGAUAUUCUACUGGCGCGCGUAUAUGACUGAGUUUGCAAGUACGGACAAUGGUCAUAGCAGAGAGGGUACGAAGUUGAUAGUUACCUCGUAUUCUUCACCUCAAAUCAUAGGGAAACCAGAUGUCAUACAAAACGUCCGUUGUGUAGACACGCACAUCGAUAAAGAACAGUGCACAACCGUAGAGGGAAUAGAAGAGGUGAAUGCAUCC